CGGGACAACCACCCUCUCGAUACCACGGUCAUCCGGAUAAUUUAUCCAGCACGUGCCCGAGAGUGAAACGGCUGCGGCCAACGCGGUACGUCGCGAUGGAUCCGCGGUUGGAGCAUGCCCAGUCCGAGUCGGAGUUGUACCAGACUGUAGUGCAAGCACGACAGGAGAAAUUGCGCUCGCAGCUGCACAAGGUGGCAGGGCAGAAGGCGUUUCUGCGCCACGAACAUCGCCGGUUGAUGCUGCAACGGGCGCUACUCGAGUCCGAGCACCAGAGGUUUGAAGCCUCGCUCACGUCCGACUGGUUUUGCCACGAGGACAGAUCGUCAACGACAGAUCGAUUGAGGAUACAAGUGGGCGACCAGGAAUUUGAGAUAUCCAUGGCGAUCGCACGAAAAGACCCCAAGUCGCUGCUGGCCGCGCUCGUUGCAACCGACUCGCCGCUUGGCGCGGCUGAAGUCGGGUGCUUUUGCAUUAACCGCGACUGGAAUUUGUUUCGAGUCAUGCUCAACUUUUUGCGUGACGGCGUGCUUCCCAACGACCCCAAACUCCUUCGAGCGUUAUACGUCGAGAGCGAGUUCUGGAAGUUCGAGUCCCUCAAACUCGCCAUCGAACAGGGGAAAAUUCAGCUGAAAACAACUACCGCGACAUCAAACGUCGGAGUGGAGGGGGCCAGCCAUGCCAAUGCGGCUCGGCCAGCGGAAAGCACGGCGAAGGGUAUUGGUAGCAACUCCACGAGCAGCAACAACGCCAGUGCGACUCGGCCGUGGUGGAACGAGCCGCCGCAGUGGUGGGGCAAGGCCACAUUGCCAAAGACGUCGGAUGGGCCGAAGAAGGACGAAAAGCCCGACCCGUACGCGUGGUGGAAAGGGUCCAAGUACAAGGGCAACGACUACGCCAAGUUCUUGACGGACCAACUUGCAAUCGAAACUGGCCCACCGACAGCAAAUCCACCAAGUGGAAGCGGUGGUGGCGGGGCUUCGUCGACUUCGCAACCGUCGCAGCAAUCGUCGUCUGGGGAUUCCUCGUAUCUCGCGCAAUCGUUGUUUAAGGCCCCGUAUCAAGCACCCGCUUCCAGCAACAGCGCGCAACCAAGCGCGCCAAAGAAGGACGAAUACCCAUUGCUACGAAGCACGUGGACGUCGUUUCGACAUCUCGCCUGACAAGUCCAGCAUAUCCUCGAGGCGCUUCGCCACCGCUGCGUCGCUUCAACCCCUUGAUCGAAUGCCCAUGCCACGACCCGAUCUUAAUGCACCACACUUGCUUCUUUUCUCUGUCGUCCUUCACCAUUUCAUCGAUCCCAUCCUGCUGUCGAAACCAGAACCGUUGCAGGCUCCAGUUGUGAUCAUCAAUGUCGUUCCUCCAGCUGC